AUGACCCAGAAGCCCACAGCUAAAGCCCCUCAGCUCCAUGGCUUCCUAGCAGGAGUGGAUGUCAUCACUCUGCCCUGCAGCCAAUGGGUUACAAUCAGAGUUUGGAAAGCUGAUGUUUCAACUGAAAUAGGAGAGGAAGGAAAGAAGCCCUCUUCCCAGACUGGGUGCCCUAGUGAGGAGGAGGAGGAGGAGGAGAAGGAGGAGAAGGAGAAGGAGAAGGAGAAGGAGAAGGAGAAGAAGAAGAAGAAGAAGAAGAAGAAGAAGAAGAAGAAGAAGAAGGGCCUGGCUCCCCCUGCCCCUUCUAAAACAGUAUCUCCAAAGGUAUUUAAAAACAAGGGGUGGUGACUACACCAGGAUGUAAGGCUCCCUCCAUUGAUGCGAAGGAAUCUCUUUUUGCUCCAAGGCAGACGCUUGCAAUCAGGACUCUGUGUGUUUGUGAAAUUUAUUCCCAUUCAUGAUCCCUUGAGGUGUGGGAGGUCCUUUCCCCCUCUGAAGUCCGUUUCGUACCCACUCUGGGGUAGGGAUGGGUGAUGUCUCAAGUUUGUGGAUCCAGAGACCCCACUUUGCAGAUCGCCUGGGAACUGGCUGGGGGUUUUUUGUUUUUUGUUUAGAGAACUCCAGAAACUGUUAUUCUAUGAGGAGGGGCAAAGACCUAACAUGGGAAAUUCUCAACAACUUAUGAACUAUCGUGUCAAGGAAUAUUAUUAUUAUUAUUUUUUGCAGGGUGGGGUCUGGGGGAGACAACAUGUUGGUCAGAAAUCUAACCCCAGGCUGAACAGGCGGGAUUGAUACCAUGUUGAGGAGUCACUCUUUGUGGAUUUGUGGCUCAACAAACCUUAUGCCUGGAGAUUUUGCAUUUGCUGCCCUACCCAAGGCGGCCUUUCUAGCUGAGGCCAGUGAGGGUCCCUCUUCAUCUGCAUCAAGCAGCACGUUUCUGCUUCACAGGAAAAGCCAAAGGCCACCAUGGAUUCUGCCUGAUUUCUGACGGCAGCCACAUCUGAAAUACAAUUUGGGGGUGGGGAAGUACAUCCAAAAGGGAGAGGAAGGAAAAUGCUGCGGAUCACACUGUUUGUGGAAUUGUGGAGCAUCUCCAAGAAAUGUCCAGCUGUUUGUCUGGAACCAGGCGAAACCGGCUCAGCCUGAGAGCUGGAUUUCCUCCUCGUACCGAGCAGAACUGCUCUUUGGAAUCCGCCUGAGCCAGGCCCAGGAAGGACCACUUGACUGA